AUGUUGCAAAAUUUUACUAGACCUGGUGGAUUGGAUUUAGAUCAGAUAAGUUCUGGAUUUAAUGGGUUUUGUUAUGGAGAAACUGGUUCAUGUGUUACUAAUGGUGUAUGUCAGCAAGUUUGUUCUGAUGUUUGUACGUUACCGCAGCUCUAUCUUGGUUUCAUCCAUCUCCGCCACAAACGCUCAAUGGUAACAGAAGUACACAAGACAGCUUUUGGUUGGAACGUUCUAAGUGGAGGAAAUGACGAGGCCUGGCGGGUUCUUGUAGAUGUGUUUAAAAAGUAUCUAGAUUGUUUCGUUUUACGUUUAGUCGGCAAAUUUGGCUGGCUAGCAGUGCGUGCUUGCAUUUGUGUAAAGACUGAAGAAUUGAAAUGGGCCUUUGUAGAGAACCAUAUGUCCCAACAAUACUUUGAGAUUCCCGAACAGUCUCUUGGAGCUCAACCGGAUGUAACUGGUUGCAAACCCGGCAAAGCUUGA